CGCGACUCAGCCCCGCAGGCUCCUAGAUGCCUUUGUCGCCCGCCAAGCCUACUCAGUGGUGUUCAUGAGGUCGAGCCUAGGGUCCAGGAGGAUUGAGUGCGUGUUCUCUUGAGUCUGAGUGCCCCGAAGGAGGGCCGGGGAGGGCCCCCGGGUGGAGGGCGCCGAGCUGCCCAGCGAGGGUCGCGAGAGCGUUCCCGGGCCUCUAGGUGGGCCGGCGCGGUGGACCCCCGGCCCCUCGCGCGUUCGCCUCUCCCUUUUCCCGCAGUCGUCACCGGCGGUAGCGCGGAGGGAGUCAGCAUGGAGCCGAAGCGCAGAGGGUCACUUUCUGAGGACUCAGACCUUCCUCAGGCUGGAAACCCCAAAGAAAAUGGCCUGACCACUGUGCUGCUGACCCCUGCAUCCCAGGGCUUCCAAUUUCCAAGCCUGAUGUAAUUUCUCAGUUGGAGAGUGGGGAGACGCUGGAAAGAAAAGUCUCAAAAGCACCUAAUCCAGACACGGGACUGUUGAGUACCUGCUCACCUCUCCCUUUAUGCCUCUGCACCCCUUCGCCCAGUCAUCUUUCUUUUCUCAUGCUCACUCAAGGUUGCAAGGCUAUUUGUGGGAAUUUCCAAGCUCCUCUGUUCCCUACUGGGGUACAGAACCAGAGAGCAAGGAGGUAGCCCCAGAGCAGGACAUUUCUGAAGAAGAAUCAACCCCUGGGGUGUUAGUAGAGAGAUUUCCAAAGGAAAGUUCCAGUGAAUGUGAAGAUUCUUUAAAGAAUCAGCAGGAAAACCAUGAGAAACGUUUAAUACAAGAGGUUGGCCCUCAGACGAAACCUUCUGGGGAGAGAAGCUACCAGUGUGAUGAAUUUGGAAGAAAUUUUAGUCGGAGGUCAUUACUUGUCCAACAGCAAGGAGAGAGCCGACACAGCCGUGAUUCAUUUAAAAAGAACUUGAAGCAAAGUUCAGAUCUAAUGAAACAUGAGAAAAUCUGUGCAGGAAAGAAACCUUGGAAGUGUAAUGAGUGUGAGAAGGCCUUUAGUUAUUACUCAGCGUUUGUCUUGCAUCAGCGAAUUCACACAGGAGAAAAACCCUAUGAAUGUAAUGAAUGCGGCAAAGCCUUCAGUCAGAGCAUACACCUGACUCUGCACCAGAGGAUUCACACGGGAGAGAAACCUUACAGAUGUCACGAAUGUGGGAAAGCCUUCAGUCACCGCUCAGCCCUUAUUAGGCACCAUAUAAUUCAUACUGGGGAGAAACCUUAUGAAUGCAAUGAAUGUGGGAAGGCCUUCAAUCAGAGUUCAUACCUCACUCAACAUCAGCGAAUUCAUACUGGAGAGAAACCUUACGAGUGUAAUGAAUGUGGGAAGGCCUUCAGCCAAAGCACAUUCCUUACCCAGCAUCAGGUCAUCCACACUGGAGAGAAACCCUAUAAGUGUAAUGAGUGUGGAAAAGCUUUUAGUGAUCGCUCAGGCCUCAUUCAGCACCAGAGAACUCAUACCGGGGAGAGGCCUUAUGAGUGUAACGAAUGUGGGAAGGCCUUUGGCUACUGCUCAGCCCUGACUCAGCACCAGAGAACUCACACGGGGGAGAAACCCUACAAGUGCAACGACUGUGCCAAAGCCUUCAGUGACCGUUCAGCCCUUAUCCGUCAUCAGAGAACACACACUGGAGAGAAACCUUACAAGUGUAAGGACUGUGGAAAAGCCUUCAGCCAGAGCUCAUCUCUUACAAAGCAUCAGAAAACUCACACUGGAGAAAAACCCUAUAAGUGUAAGGAAUGUGGUAAGGCUUUCAGCCAGAGUUCAUCCCUUUCUCAACAUCAGAAAACUCAUUCUGGAGGGAAAAUCAGGGAAUAUGGAAAAGCCUUUAGUGAGCAUUCAGCCUUCAACCAGCAAAAGAGAAUUGAUACUGGAUAAAAGCAAUGUAAAUGCAAUACAUUCAGAACAUCCUUACUGAACAAUUACUAUAAUGCUGUGAGGGCUACAAAGGAAUUAAGACUAUGUUACAAAAGAGAUUUAAUUGAGAAGUCAUUGGUGAUAUGGGACAUAGCUUACUCAGAAUGUGAGAGAAGAGUUUUGCAUUUUUUAAAAAUAUCCUAACAGAGGACACUGUGGAUCUCCCUAGGGAGAGAGGAGAAUUAUUUCCAACACCCUGAUGUGUAUGUACGCUGCUAAAUCCUUGCACAGGAAACAGGGUGUGCCAUGAUGGAAAGAGGACAUCUUGACUGAGCUAGAUGGUCUCAUAAUGCUAAGGGGAUGACAUUUUAAAGGGAUAAGUGGUCCUUUUAGGCAAAUUGAAGGGGUAGAAAUCAGAGGUUGGCAAUUUGCAUUAUCUGUCCAGAGUUGAGAGUGGUGGUGGAAGAGACGUUGUCCUUGGUCUUAAAUAAAAGAAUUUAAGUUGUAAA